CAACUUCUCUUCCUCUUCUCCUUCUUCCAUCCUCCUUCCUCCCUUCCUCCAUCCCUUCUUCCGCUUUUCCUUAUACUCCUCACAAGCACCCUCACUUACCCUCAUCCUUAUUAUUUUUCCCUGCCUAUUUCUGUCAUCCUUUCUUCCUCCCUCACCCUCUCCUCAUCACUGCUCAUUCUUCAUUCUUUUCUCCUCAUCUCACCAGCUUUCAAACUGUGGCCCCCCUUUUCAGUUAACAUUGUUAACGUGACUAAAGAGCAAAGAGAAUAGACGAACACACCGUUCACAUUUCUACAUGAACUUUUUUGUUCUUUACCCCUGAAUACCCUUCCUUCACCCCUAUCUAGUUGUUUGUUAAUAUAAAAGAAGACAAAAGAGUGUGAAAUACCGAUAUCUUCAAGAUACGAAUGGCCUCCACUGUCACCAUGCCUGAGUUGGAUCCAUCAGACCAGCAGUUACAGAUUUCAUCUAUGUCAGAAUCUAUUCAGGAACCCGCAUUGGCCAACCAGACUGUUGGAACAGACGCUGUUGUGCCUGAGGUCUCAAAUGACAGUCUAACUUCCCUAAAUGUGCAAAGCCUGAAGGCAGACUCUGUCAAGCAGGACGAAGACUCCCAUAAUUCGACCGCCGUCGCAGCCGUCGUCACUUCUUCUCCUUCACUUUCCCCCUCUACUUCACUCGAUGUGGUUAUGUCUCUCGACUCACCUUCUAAUACAACUAUCUCUCCGGCCGCAUCACUGAGCUCCUCUCCCUCUUUCGAUAGCAACCUCAAUCUUGAACCGGCCAUAGCAUCUCAAAUAACCCCAGAGUCAUCAACAAUACAAGCAUCAAAGCCUGUAGUAACAGCGAUCUCAACGCUCCAGCAAUCUGCCUUACCUAGCUCGCCUACCUCUGAGGCUCCUGCAUCCCCCUCCACCGAGGGUAACGUUACACCCUCCACAACAACAAAGUUUGGCCCAAAAAAGAGUCGUGUCAAUCCAGGAUCCAACAUCAGCCGUCGUAUCAACAUGUUGGCCGAAGGAAAGAACGAGAAUAAUAGUGAUCUCCAUACAAUCAGCCAUGCCAGGGCGUCUUCAGCCAAUGGCCGGUUGUCACCCGAUCUUGAAGAAUACAAAGAUUAUCCCGACUCGUUUUUCGAGGAAAUUCUUCGAGAAGACCAAACAACAAUCGCGCGGUCCUUCAGCACCAUGCCUAAAUCAAGCCCACGUCCCACUCAUACCCUUGUCACAAAGAAUUCUUCUCCAGCCCGGUUAAGCUCAAGCAUGAAGAGUCCCUCUGCUUCCGGCGACUCUGUUGCAUCCGAACCUGCUUUUGUUCGCUCAGAUGAUUUAGAAGAGGAUCUUAAACGGUUGCAAACAGAGUUGAUCAGAGCCAAGGAAACGAAGACCAAGGCCGAGGCAGAUGCCAAGGACCAACGAGUGACAAUCAUGUCUUUGAAGACGGAGAUUCAAAUGGUGCGUAAUGUGCUCAAAAGGAGAGAGACCGAACUCGGGGAUGUCAAAGACAUGUCAAAUGCGUACGAAAGCGAACUCGCCGAGCUCCGACAAAAGUUAGAGAAAUCAGAACGGCAGCUGAGUAGAGGUCAAGGAGAAAUGGAAGCCAAGUUGAGGGCGCUCGAAAGAACAAGAGACGAAAGUAUUGCUCGCAUCCAAACUUUGGAUAAGGAGAUCAAGAAACUCCGCGAACAGCUUCAAGAAGCGGAAAAAAAGAAUGAGGAAGCCCAAGCAGAGAUUCUUGACUUGCGAGAAGAAUUAGAGGAACUCGCACCAUUCCGUAAUGCCGCCAAUGAGCAGCGAGAAUUGAGUGCCUCAGAACCUGCCAAAGUUAAGGAGCUGAGUCUUCAGAUCACUGACCUUGAGGACACGCGUGACAUGCAGGCUGCCCUCAUUGAAGAGCUGGAAACCAAGAUCUCGACUGUUGAGGCUAAUGCCCUUGAGUUUAAGAGCAAGGCUGCUCAAGAAUAUGAGGCGCUUUCUGAUGGCUUCAAGCUUUUGAAGAACAGGCGUUCUGAGGAAAUCAAAGAGCUCAAGGCUGAACUAGAACAGCAUAAACUGCAAGAGCAAAUCAUUGUGAAGCUUCAAGCUGAUAUCGACCAGCUCCAGGCUGCUCUCGCUUCUGUCGCGGACUCUCAAUCAACUGAGAAUGCUCGCAUUAAUCAAGUUACCGCCGAACUGAACGAGGCUUUGGCACUAAAGGACCAAGAAGUUAUCCAAGUGCGCCAGAACAUGACUGAAUUUGAAGAUUCUCACAAUCGACUUGUCAGCUCUCUUCAAGCUACCUUGGCAACGAUCAAUGAGGAGGCUGAUGCUGCAAGAAAGUCAAGAGAUGAGGCUGUUGCUGCGUUGGAGUCCCUUCGAGAGGAGCUCGAGGCUUUGCGACAUAGUCUUCCUAUCAACAAGCACCAAUCGUUGAGUCAGUGGUCAGCGGAGCAACAGCAGCUGCAGCAGGAGCAGCUCCAGGCAAUCCGAGAGCUGGAAGAGAAGCUUGACGGACAAGUUGAGGGUGUGAAAGAGGAACAACAACGCGCCGGCAUUUUGGAAGCCAACACGAAGAGAAGGAGCCAGCAACUCUCUUUGGAUAUGGCGCAUCACCUGCAUCUCAGUAGCGCCAUGGUCAAGAAAUCAUCUCUGGCUGAUUUGAGGGGCGAAAAGUCUUCGAAGCACGCAGAAAAGUCCUCGGAGACUCCAACUGAUACCACGAGCAAGCGUGCGAGCACUAUUAUGGAAUCAGGUACUGUGUCUGUGCGCACGAUGCUUAAGUUCCUGUCACAGCUUCAGGGACGUUCUACUCAUGAGCCAUUUAAAGGGUCCCAUGUGCGUGAGAGCACUGACGCAACAGUGAUUGGUGAAAACGAUAUCAACUACGAGUCUGAGCUUCGAGCCUAUCUGGUCGGCCUUAAUGAUGCCACUUUAAUGGAGCCUUGGGCUAAGGAAAAGGAGCUAGAGGGCGAAAUCACUCAGCUCGAGAAGAGGAUUCAAUCUCUACUUCAAGACCUGUCAGCAGCAAACAAGAAGAACUCAGAGGCCCAGAGUGUACUCAAGGCUGCUAAGGAGGAGUAUGAUGCACAACUACAAGAAGAACGUGAGCAGAGAGAUGAACUCGAACGACUUGAAAGAGAAGAACGUGAAGAUUUCGAGCGAAAGCGUGACGAAGAAAUUCAACGGCAAGUACAAUCUCUUGAGUUGAAGGAAAAAGAGCUUCUUCUCAAAGAGCAGUCUCUUCGCGAAAAAGAGAUUGAGUUAAAAGACCACCAAGGGAGGGCUGGGUCGCUUCCUGUGUCCCCACCUAUCACUCCAUUUGGCUCCCCGGGCAAUAGUGAUCUUCUCCCUGGGAUGAUGGCCGCUCAUCAGGAUGAACUUGAGCGUCAGCAUCAAGCGGAAAUGGCAGCUCAACAAAUUAAGCUUAUCAAGUCCCUAGAAGAAAAGAUCGCAGAACUUGAGAAGCGUGGUUCUUUGCCUAAUACCCCGGGCUUGGAUGAGCAAUACCAGGCUUCGCAUGCAUUCCCAUCUCCAACUUUGACAGCAACGCCACGAUCCAGCGCGGCAUUGUCGAGAAUUGGGUCCCAGACGAUGCGAUCAAACCUCUUAAGCAAUCCUCCAGAUACACCUCCGCCCACAAUUGCUCUUCCGCCUAUUCCAACAUCAACUGAGUCUAAUGACCACGUUUCUCCCGGCCCACGGUCUUCAUCGCCCGCAUCAGAGGAUGGCGCCUUGACUUCUCGAAAGAAGUCUACCAUGGCUCACUCGGUGUCAUCAGAAUCUUUGGUCAAUAAAACGGCCACUGAGGCCGCUGUUGCAGCUGCUGUGUUGAAGGCUCAAGAGAACCAAAAAGAAUUGGCCACUAAAUUAGAGACGUCUGAGGCGGAGCUUAAGAAAUCACAGUCUAAGAAUCGGGAGCUUGAGAAGGAGCUGGCAACUGUGGUGCAGAACUACAAGCAAGGCGGGCAAUCCAUAGAGUCAGAGAUGCAAAAACUCAAGCAAGAAAACAAUGAGCUCGCACAGGUCUUGGAAGAAAUUCGAAAGAGCCUUGACCAGGCACAGAAUCAAGUCCGUGGACUUGAAGCCCUGAAGUCACAGUUGGAGGCUCAAGUACAGACGGAAAGACAGGCCAAGGAUGCUGCCAUUCGGCAACAAGAUCAUCUGCAAGAACAGCUCGAGACAGAGAGACAGAAGAAGAAGGGCUUUUUGUGCUUUUAAUGGCAUGCGCUUGGUUUAAAUGGAUAGUGCACUUUUUAUAUUCCUAUUAUUUCAAUUAUGGAUACCUUUUUUAAAAAUUAGAAUAUUUAAAAUAUUAAUUAUAUAAAUUCAAGUUAAUAAUAAAAACCCUUAAGCUCCU